AUGAAGACAACUUCUGUGUCAGCUGCUUUGAUCCUAGGCCUCAGCGCUGUUCAGGCGCAGAACCUAGCCCAUAUUACCUUCAUCGGGGCAGGUGAUGCUCAAUUCACUCAAGACUUCCCUACUGAUGGAUCAUUUAUCCAUAUCAGCAACCCUCUGAGUAUCUCGCACAUAUCGUCCAGUACGCAAGGCAUUGCCUGCGCCUUCCACGGCAUCGAUCACAGUCUCACCACAGUCGUCGGUGUAGCAGAGGUGGAUGUCGGCCCUCCUCAGACGCAAGUUGAAGGUUCCUGCACUACGGAGUCAACUCCUCCUAGCCCACCAACCCAGGCUCGACCACCAGGAGGUCAAGUUCUCAUUACCUUCCUUGGAGCCGCAAAUGCCCAGUUCAGCCAGGUCUUCCCUAUCAAUGGUCACCUUACUCAAAUCACCAAUCCUCUUAGCAUCUCACAUAUCAGGUCGGAUACUAGUGGAGUUACGUGCUCCUUCAAUGGUAUCGACAGCAGCGUUACUUCGGUUAAUGGUGCCCAGACUGUUGAUGUUGGACCUCCCCAGACGCAGGUCUCUGGUGCAUGCCGCGCUGCUUAA